AUGGAUGGAGCAAAUCACUCAACAGUGUCAGAAUUUGUGUUCCUCGGAAUCACCAACAUCUGGGAGAUCCAACUUAUCCUCUUUAUGCUCUCCUCGAUGCUUUAUGUGACAAGCAUGAUGGGAAACUCCCUCAUUAUACUCACUGUGAUUUAUGACCAUCACUUACACUCCCCAAUGUACUUUUUUUUGGCCAACCUCUCCUUCAUUGACCUGGGAGUUUCUUCUGUCAUUUCUCCCAGGAUGAUUUAUGACCUAUUCAGAAAACAUAAAGUCAUCUCCUUUAAUGGCUGCAUUACUCAAAUAUUCUUCAUCCACAUCAUUGGUGGUGUGGAGAUGCUGCUGCUUAUUGCUAUGGCGUUUGACAGAUAUGUGGCCAUAUGUAAGCCCCUCCACUACCUGACCAUCAUGAACCCACGGAUAUGCAUCUUCUUUUUUGUGGCUGCCUGGACGAUUGGCCUUAUCCACUCCCUGGCUCAGUUGGCUUUUGUGGUAAAGUUACCCUUCUGUGGUCCCAAUGUGCUGGACAGUGCCCUUUUUGUUUUACUGAUAGGUACUUUUGUUAUGCAGAAGCUUUUCUUUUGA